AUGAAGCAGCCUCAUAUGCGAACACGGCGACUUCGUCACUUCAGAUAUAUCCCCCCGAGAUAUGCCGGAAUGGAACCUUAUACAUACAAACCGCUGAGUGCUGGCGAGAUUCGACUCUUAAAAGUCGACAAAAUUGAACCCGAUAUCGAAAUCACUAUCGAAGAGGUCAAUCUUGAUGCAAACCCAUCUUAUAUCACAUUAUCUUAUUGCUGGGAAGGCCAGAAACCAAGCAAAACCAUUAUCGUCAACGAAUCACGAUUACUGGUCACCAAAAAUGUGCACGAGAUCUUACACACCAUGUACACACUUAAUCACGGGGACUAUUUCUGGAUCGAUGCUGUUUGCAUUGAUCAGGAGAAUGUAUUGGAAAAGACUGUUCAAAUUCCGAUGAUGACGGAGAUAUACUCGCGUUGCAUGAAGGGUGUUGCUUGGGUUGGUCCUCAAGAUCCGUCCAUAACAAAAGCUGUUGUCUAUAUGCCUGAAUUGGUUUCUAAAAUGCGUGGUUAUCCUACUACACCAGCGCUGUCUAUUAUAUCUGAGCUAUUCGUAUCGGAGUUCGAAGUCAACCCGGAUUUCUUGGGGUUUGGGAAUCUUCUUAAGAGGCCUUGGUUUCGGAGGAUCUGGGUCGUGCAAGAAUUUGUUUUACCUUGCAAGGUCGAACUUUUGUGCGGAUUGGACUUCGUCGACCCCGACUUACUACAUUUUAUACUUGACAAUGACUUUUUCUUCAGCAGGCUAGUUAGCCAUGAAAUCCUACAUUAUGGACAAAAGAUUGGUGACUGGGCGGGUACCACAAUCACCACUGGGAUUCGCGGAUAUAUAAAAAUGUGUCAACUUAGAGCCUCAAAAAUUGACAUUGGCGCAUCUUGGACAGGAUUCAAUUUCAUGGAAGUCCUCGGUAUGCUUUCCGACUUAUCAGCAUUAGAUGGGCACGACAAAGUCUAUGGAGUGCUUGGUAUACUGGAGCGCUACUGGCGAGACAACCUGGUCGCAGAUUAUAGUAUAGAGGUUGGAAAGCUCUAUACAUCAGCUUUCGCAUUACACUUACGAAAAGAAGGGCGCCCCUCAUUUCUUAACUUUGUAUGUCCGGCAAAAACUCUAGUAGGCCUUCCAUCGUGGUGCACAAACCUGCUGACUCCUUGCGACCCGGAUUCGUUAAUGUUCCCGAGAGGCACCGGUGGGCCUUAUAGCUCACCAGAUCCAGAUUAUAGGGCCGGCAUUGUCAAAGAUGGAGUAUUAUCUUAUCCAAGGCCGUCUGUAUCAGAUUCAAGUUGCAAUACCGAGAAUUCAAUUCUUAACAUUUCUGGGUUUAUCCUAGACUGUGUUGCACAGGUCGUUCUACCAGGGCCUCUCCUUGACAAAGAUGAAAACUCCUCUUUCGAGUGGAUGUCCGAAUGCAUGCGUCUGUCGCAGCGGAAGGGACUAUCUCCACUUGAUGUCAAGCGUACACAUGAGAGAACUAUAUCUGCUGGCAGAUAUUAUAAGGACCACAAAUGGAGUCCCAUUUCGGAUCUUUACGGAUUAUAUCACAGUCAUGUUCGUUACGGGCCAGGUACUAAUGCUGCACUGAUGGAAAGGACUGCACGUCGUAUCUUGCGUCAGAUGCCCGUACGAGGUCGAACGUAUUUCUCUACCGAAGGGGGAAGUGUUGGCCUUGGAUCCUCUCUGGUUCGACCUGGAGACAAUAUUUGUAUUUUCUACAAUGAGCCUACACCUUACAUUAUCCGCGCAUUGAGUGCAGGUUCGGACCACUACUCGUUCAUCGGCGAGGCUUAUGUGGAUGGAGUAAUGCAUGGUGAAGCUCUAGAAUCGGAAAAGGCACAAAAUUGCAGAAACUUUGCAUUGGUGUGA